AUGGAGUACGAAUCCGGAGGGCCACUCCUCAAGGUAUUGCUUUUAAUUCGCGCCAAAUCCUCUCACAUGGGAAACCGCAAGGAACUUUUCCGAUUCCCGGAUGGUCGGCUCGCGAUUGAGCAUGCCCUCGAGACCUUGCACAGCGCAGUUCCCUCUGCCUCGACGAUCUACAUCUCUCUGCACGAUGAGUCUCAAUUGGGAAGUAUCGAAGCCCCGCUGAAAGAUGUAGCCGUCCGGGCUAGAGUUUCCAAAGAUGCCGAGCAUGGUGAGCAUGAUGAGCAUGAUCACGACCUGCACAACUUUCCUGAGUUGAAGCCCGUCUUCGACGAGCAGGAGGAGGACAUUGGGGCAGCAUCUGGCCUCCUCGCUGCUCACUCGACACACCCGGAUGCCAAAUGGCUUGUUCUUACCUGCGAUUAUCCUCUCUUGCCUCCGCCGGCGCUUCAACAACUCAUUCUCGAGUAUCAGAACCCGGUCACGUGUUUUGUCAAUGAAAGUGGGUUUACGGAACCUUUGAUCUCUAUUUGGGAUUCGGAAGCUUUGGAGAAAUUGAAACUGAAUGUUAAGAAUGGGAGAUAUAGUCUGGAUGGCGUCAUUGAGGAGAUAAACGGAAGAUUGAUCAAGCCGUUGCGGGCACAGUGGAUCAGUCGUGCUGAUACUGAAGAAGCAUGGGCUGAGGUCAUGGCUGUUCUGGCUUCAAGAUGA